GUCACUCUCCCAGAAUGCAUGGCUCCCAGCGCGGCGCCCAGCAGCAGCAAGUCCAGGCCCGGACUCUGAGAAACAUCUUGAAAAACUUGUCCCAAAAUGUCGAUAUGGAGGCGGAAUGGAGGCUGGACGGAGAGAUGGACGGAGGCACAGUCGGUCUGCAAAGAUGUUGAUCUGCCUCUGUGAUUCAGCUGCUGUGUCUGUGGCGUUCAGGGCUGCUGAAUACUAAAAUAGACUGCGGGCCAACACAAGAGCUCUUCUCAGGGAACACACAGACCCAGUCACUGCUUCCAAAGCUCCUCAUCACCGCAGCCCUUUUGGGGUUGCUAUGGCAGCUGCUGUCACAGAGACCAAGUGCUGGACACAGGCUUGCCCCAGUAAGGCAGGACAGACCACUAGUCAUUGCUGCAAGAGACCAUCAAACAGUCAACAAACAGCACUUAGCAUUAAUUCUAGCACUCGAAGAUAACAAAACGAGCAGAGGUCUGCAGGCUGAUGGUCGGCGCUCUGGAGAAUCCUCAUGAGUCUUGUCUGUGUCUGCUCCGGCUCUUGGCCAGAGUCCCCGCGCACCAGCAGAGCCAGUACUGUUCCUUCUGUUAGACCAUGUUCCACCAGCAGGACCAUCUGAAGAGCCAGCUGCAGGAGAGCAUACCAGCCAGCAGGCAGCUCUUCCACUGCCAGGAGUGUGGGAAGCAGUACAACACCCAGCUUGGUUAUAGGCGCCACCUGGUGGCGGCCCACAGCGCUUCAGCAAACCUGCCUUGCCCAGAGGGGGCGCCCUCCCUCCUGGAGCACCUGGGCAGCCAUAUUGACAGACCUCCACCGUCAGAGGGAAACACAAACGCUGCUGUGCCAGUGAGAGAGAGGAAGUACUCUUGUGAACGAUGCGACCGCCGCUUUUAUACCCGUAAGGAUGUUCGGCGUCAUGCUGUGGUGCACACAGGCCGACGUGACUUCCUGUGUCCGCGCUGUGCACAACGCUUUGGCCGCAGGGACCACCUGACCCGCCACUUGAAGAAGAGUCACGCUCAGGAGACGGGGUUGAUGCCACCCUGUGCACCCAGCACUCCUGUGGCUACACCCACCCCCGCUGCUCAGUGCCCGGUGAAGGAAGAGCCCAGCCCUGUGACCUCUGAUAUGGGCCCGGUUUCGAAGGAGCCCAUGGAGAAUUACUCCAGGGACAUGUACAACUCCUACCCCAUAGCCAAUCCUGUUCCCGGGUUGGGCCACCCUCAUGGCCUUAUGCAGGGCUCCUUGUCUUCAAGCAUGGGUGUAAGUCGCCACAUGUCCCCGCAAUCCUCCCAUCCCCACCACCACCACCUGCAGCCCCCGGUGGCUCCACAGCAGCAGCCCUACGGCAACAUGGCCAGGUACCAGCACGGAUCUACCUCAUAUCCUCGCACCGACGUGGACAGCUUCCUGCUCGACCUGCAGAGUGCCCCCCCACCUCACCUGAGUGUGGCCAACUCCUCUACCUCUGCUUCUGCCUCCCCUCAGAGGGAGGUUCUGGGUGAUGGGGUGGGUGCUGGCGGCGACCCCCACCUGCUGUCCAGGAGCCCAGCUAUCUCCUCGACUGAGCUGUCCUGCACCACUAACAUGGACCUCGGGCCUCUCCUGGGAUUUCUGCCUUUCAGCCUGCCGCCCUACAGCUCUCACAUGGGGAUGGGAGGGUUAGUGAUGAGCUACCCACCAGCCACCACCACCACAUCCUCUCCAUCCUCCUCCUCUGGGCUGUCCUCUCAGGCGCCAGGGCCUUUCACCUUCUUCCAGCCUCCCCAGGCUCAUGUACCCCAGGGCCCCGGCGCCCACAACCACAGCCAGCUACCUCAGGCAUACAGCAGUUCUGCUAUGAGCACUUCCAGCUCCCUACCUCACUACUACCAGGCCUUUCAGCAGUAAGCAGCUCUGUCCCCGUUAAAGUUGCCUUCAAGUAAGCUCUUGAAUUUUUUUUUUUUUCAAGAAAAAGGGUAAAUCACGAGAACGGCAUUUUUAUUUGUAAAACGAGCGUGUAACUUUAACCUGUCAGUGCUAAUGAUGCUAAUCUUAGUUUUUUUUUUUUUUUUUGUUGAACACAACAAAUCACCUCAUCAGUAUUACCUCAUUAUUUAAAAAAGGAAGCUUGAACCUUUGAGGAAAUGUAGAUAGUCUCACUACAACCAAAAUAGUGUAGUGCCUCUUUUUGUUAGACCUACAGUGAAAGCACUUAAAAGUUGUCAUAGGUGCUGCACAAUGCGGAGUCAUCCACUUUUAGGAAACCCUGGGAAUUCCACAGUGUUAGGGAUUUUUAUUUUUAUCCAGUAACAUAUCAUGUUUAUAAAUUUUCACCUUUUCUUUUUUUUUUUUUUGAGAAUAUUGGACCGUAAACAGCCUUACAGAGAGAAACAGGGCGGUGUCAAGUGUUCUCCGUUACAGCGAGCGCAUGCAAAAAAUAUUGAAAAUUGCAAACUCAAUGGCACUGCCAACUCAUUUUAGAUAUGCAGUAAACCAGCAAGCACCAGCUGAUCAGUCUGAAUGCAGCAGUAGAUGGAGAUAUAAGACUUUUGUUAUCAACCAUUUUCUAAAGUAGUGUAAAUUGAACCCUUUUUUUUUCUCAAGAAUUCAGACCCAGACCGUGUUAGAAUUUGGACGUUUUUGAGUCACUUACGGUGGUCGAUAAUUGUUUACAAUACCUGUAAAGCUUGGCUGCAUUACCUAAAUCUUAAAGAUACAGUAAUGGAUACUGUACACCCAGUCAUUCAAGUUCAUGUGAACUGCAAAAAGCAUUUAAGCAACACCAGAAUCUGAAAUUCUGAUUCUCUUUUUAAAAGUAAAGUAGCAGCUCUUAAAGCCAGAAAUCCAUACUGGAAUCCCCGAGAAUAUUUAGUUGAUGCGACCUUUAUCCUCUAUUUGGCUGUAUUACGUAGCAUUACUAGAUUAAAGGCACUUAUGUUUCAUUUUUAACCUAGCAGGGAAUGCCAAAUCACAUGAAGCAGUCGCAGCCUAGAUGCUGCUCCACUGCUCUCCAUGGGUAAAAGCAUUUGGGGGUCAGAACACUUGACAGACGGAAAAAAGCGACACAUGCAUGAAAUUAUCUUGAUUCCCGUCAUUCAGAUUUUGAGACGUUGCAUCUAUUGAUGUAAAGAUGGGAGACUGAGCUUAAUAUCCUGUUUACAUUUAAAUUGCGGCCAGUAACAGAUAAUCUGUUUCCCCCUCACGCGAUGCUCCUCGCGUCCUCUCUUGGUCUGGUGCCUUUCUGUCUGAAUGUGACAGCAGAGAGCAGCGCAGCAACUCCAGAUCCUCGAGAGCCCCUUUUGUUAAAUGCUCAAAUCAAGAGCCCUAAAGACUAUAGAUUGCCUCCCCUCUGUGCCAACCAGGUCACUGAUUUCAGGGUUGCCACCUGUGCCCUAAAACAUGUGAACAUGUUCUCUUCUUCAGAUGCGCCAUCCCACAGAAACCACACUCAGUUGCUCAUGAAAAUUGGUCGUGAGUAUAGUUGUGAACUUUGUGAAUUUUUUUACUUUGCAGAGACUUAAAGGGUGGGGGGUGUAUGUAUGAUAAGGUGGGUUUAAAGUAGAAAAGCAGAUAUUAUUUUGGGUACUGAAUCUCAGUGUUUCAGCAAUGACUAAACACUUUGGCCCAAUCUCAAUUCCCCCUUUUGUCCGCACACUUCAAUUUGCGCUCGGAUGCACAGAAUAGAGGGUCCAGUUUUUGUUGAGGGGAAGUGGCCAUCUUGUCCUACAAAUGGACCUUUUGAACCUUGAUUUUUUUUUUCAGAUGUGAACUUCAAAAAGUGUUAUGAGGAAAUUCUCAGAAGUCCAAAAAAUUUGCUUUCUUGGCAACCAUAUUGUUCAAUUCCUCAUCCAGUUCACUCCAGAACCAGGUGUUCAGCCAGGCUGAGGGACAAAUGUCCUUGGUACCAUGAUCCUUGAACAGGACUGGACUCAUAGCUAAGUUUUGACGGCCUUAGCGGUAUGUCUAAUUUCCCCUCAUCUCUCAGGAAAAAUAGUAUGUUGAACUUCUUUACACAGACUAUAACCGCCCAAACAGGUAUUUUGGGCAGCUACUGCAUCUGUUAAUACUUGUACUGCAUGAUAGCAGAUGGGAAAAUCACCAAAAAACAUUUCUUAAAGGCUUUAUAUGCGAUUUUUUGAUCCAGCAGAUGUCGCCCUUGAGCACCAGCAUGAAACCAAAACAACUCGCGCUGCAUUGUUGUGUUAGCAUGCUAAUGCUAGCGAUCUUUAUUAUGCUCGUAUCUUCACACUGCAUGUAAAUUUACCUGAAAUGAGCGUGAUCUAGAAACACAGUUAAGCAGUGAGUACAGUAUGUUAUUCUUCUUUCCUCUAGUCCCUCAAUUAAACAACUUUUAUACACGAGGGGAGGAGUCAGCUGGCUGUCCGGGCGAUGUAAACAAACUGAAGAUAGGACUCGGAAAACAUCACAGACAGUGGGACUCGGGUGUUACACCCAUUGUAGACAGUCAUGACUCAGAGUUAUUUUCAGAGGAUAUAUUUGAUUUCUAUUACAUUUAAGUGUGAAAAAUCACAUAUAAAGCCUUUAACAAUGUUAAGAAAUGUGUGCUGACAAAAAUGUGUCAUAGGGCUUUCACAUUUGCAGGAAAAACUCCUGAAAAACUCUGGAUAUUUCCAGGAGGAGCUGCAUGUGUGAACAGCUGAAUUUUUUAUUUUUUUUUAGCUUGGACUUCACCUGAAGUUUCUCCUGCCGGACCCCUAGAAGUUUUUCUGCAGUGAGAUGGUGUGAGAACGCAGCAGCAUAUUAUCUGGAGAAUUCCCCUUGAGCCAAUAGGUGGGGGGAGUGAUGUUUUGGAGUCAGUGCAUAGACUGUCUGCCCACGAGCACUAAGAUCUCUGUGCACAUAAUUAAACAGCUGAAUUAUGUUUCCUGUUCUCCAGUAAGUUCUUCACUGCUCUUUUGUUGACAUUGUGAUUCUGCCAAAUUACAUGUAGCAGGUAAAUAUUCUCAUUAUAGCAUCGAUGGUGGACUCUGUGGCUCAGUCCGCAACUUCCACAUCUUUUUUUUUGCAUCACGUCUUACCUCUGGAGACCCCCCUGCCCCCCCCUCCCGUCUGACAGGGACAGUCUCCCGCUGUGAGGAGCUUAUAUGAACAGCCAGGUCGGGAGAAUCCUGAAAGUCCUGAAAUUAUCUAGAUAUUUUCAGGAGUGCAUAUGUGAAAACGGCUUUAGAAAAGGCCUUUUAAAAAAAAAAAACGUUGAAUCAAGUUGAUUUGUUAGUAUCUGUGUCUGAAACAGAUGGUCUACCCCUUUUCCUCUUAUCUCCAUAUUUUCACAAUGGCCAGGUGGCAACCCUCGCUACACGAUGUGACCUGGAGCACGUUCAGAAGUGUAAUUUAGAAAGAAAGGAAGUCUCAAAAAUUGCUCUCUGCUAUCUGUUCUUUCAAACUGCACCCAUGGAUCUGAACAGGUCCUCACUGUGACAUACUUGCUGUGAUUUUUCCUCCUUUUUUUUUACUAAAUAGAAAGUAAAUUCAACAAAGGCCUCCCAGAGCACUUGUCCCCCAUCUUUUUACUAAAUGCCGCUGUUGGUAUUGACACCCAUUCCUUUAAGGCUCUGGUGUUGUUGGAUCGCAAGAGUUUCUGAUGUAAUUAGGAUUAAAACAAAAAGUGUCCCCCAACCCAACCAGCCCUCCCUUCCCUUUAAUCCUGGACAUCUCUGUUCAAAGCCAGAGACGGGAAGAAGUUGAGGAACCGUUGAUCAAGGUUCCUUCGACGGAGUCACUCUGCGGCAUGCCACGUGAAUUGGAUCUUUCCCCAGCGGCCUUCCAGUAACAGACACUCCACUCAAAGAAAAUUGGUCAAAGUGAAGUGGAGACGGAGGACGCCUCCUGCUGAAUGAUGCGAGUGAUUGAUUUGAUAUUGGAAAGAAGAUAUUUAGAAAAAGAGAGUUGGGUGACGCUCUCUCUUCUGCCUUAAUUCCAUGAACUGAUUGUUGAAGGACUUCUCUCACUAGCACAGGAACCAGCCUCCCAAGUGUUGCACCAAUGUCUUAAAAUGCUACUGUUGUGCCUCUCUAAGAGUGUCUAACUCUCUACCGGGUUUAAGCACUUAUAACAUUUCUAGAAAAAAAAAAAGGAUGAUCUGUACCUCAAACACGCAGAACUGUGGGUUUCUGUUUUUCUUUGAUUUUGCUUUUAGUUAAUUUGGCUCUUACUUGUGCCAUUAGAUUGAAACUAUAAAAGGUAGAUUUUAUGAAUCUAAACUCUUUAUCUAGCGGCAGACAUUGACAUUAUAAUUCAGUCAAACUUUCUACCUCUACCUUGUCAUGUAUCUUUCUGCAAAAAGAAAAAAAAAAAUCAUUAAACGCUAGUUUUAACCUGUAACAGUAUGGCAGUUUCACCACUUUUGAACGCGGGGAUGUGUUCAUAAACUCAACUUUUGAAGGGCCGGGUACACACACGUCCUUGUGGUGUAUUCAAGAGUCAAACCUUGUUCUCUAUACUUGCCUUUAAUGAUAUUUCUACUUAUUUACUACCUCAGAGAAGAGACAGGUGACUGUCCAUCUAACUGCAGAGAAAAUGUCUGUGUAGAGUUUUAUUUUUGUCAGAGGAAGCACAUGUACUUUGUAGCUCCAUAGUUUUUUUUAAAUGAGAUUAGCUCACAGCAGGAUGAUGUGUCUAUAGUGCAAAAAAAAAGAAGAAAAAAGUACCAGUUCAAGCUGCAUUUGUUCUGUUUAUUACUCUGCCUCUGCCUCUUCAGUCUGGAAUGCUAACUGUUUAUGAAUCUGGGCCUCGCUCUGGAGGAAUUCCCCAGAAUCAUGCUGGAAUGUACAGACAAUACUUUACCACAACUAGGAUGUUCACCUGGAAGCAGCAGCAUCUUUCCCUUGUUUUCCAAGUCGGCCUUCCUGAUCUGAAUGAUGGACUCUUUUGAUAACAAUGCCCAACACUUUCUGGUGUCAGCCUCUUCGUUGAUAGAGGACAGGAUGAAUUUAGGAGGGAUAUAUAUCCAUCUAAUCUUUGGAGAUAUUAGUUUUACUUUUCAACAUUUUUAAAAAACCAAAUCAGCACUUCUUAAACUAUCCAACUCCGCAAUGAAUAUCUGUCUGCAUAUGAAUCCAGAAUAUUAAUGCAAGGGUUGAGAUUAACACUCUUUUUGCGACCAAUCGUGAUUAAGUGGGUUCUGGCUGUGUGUACCUACGUUCUGAGAUUGAGUUCAAGUAAACACAGGCUUGGAUAUAUUUUGUUUGUUUUGAUCUUUAGUCAAAGAUCACAAACAUGCUCUGUGAAACGGGGAACUCUGGCUUCCUGAAGGCUCUUUAUUCGUGCUGUAUCAAAAGGUAAACUGAGAAAUUAUCAAUUUGGGAUAAAGAAGCACUACACCAAUUUAUAUCUGCAUAUCUGUAAAGCCUGUUGUGGUGCUGUCCUUGCUCCUCGAGUUAGGCGUUUGAACGACGAGUAAACACAAGUGAAAGCAUUCCAGACUGAAUGUAGACGCAGAGAAGACUUCAGGAUUCAUUUUACAAAAUGAUCUUUCAGUACCGCGUUGCCUGCAUCGAGGUUGGCUCUGAGAACCCACUACGUGCAGGUCUCGCUACGUUUUAAUUUAGAUAAGUUUUUUUGCAUUAGGUGUUUGUAUUAUCACUUAAUAGAUUAGAAGACAUUUGAAAGAAAAGGAGUUGUUAUUUUCUGAUUGUCUGAACAUAAAGUAAUACAAAUAAAGAAAUCUUUAGAUUUA